GUCGCCAAAGGGAAAAAGAGGCUUCUGUUUUCUUCCUCAGUAUUACGCUAAAACCUGGGGAAGAAGCGGAAAGGGGAUCAUAUUGUGUUGAUUUCUACUCAACUUCUUCAGCAACAAAAUUGAAAGUGCUUGACAGGACAAACAAUGGCAACCCAACCAAAAAAAGAGGACGUUUCACAAACAGCAGACAGCCAGCAAGAAGCAACACAUACGACUGUUGGGUGGGGAGGGAAAAUAGAAGAGCAGUAUAGGAAGAUCAGAGAACAUGCAGAAACGUACCCCUAUGUUUGGGGAUCCUAUAUCCUUGUAUAUGGAGGGUUUGGUCUCUGGUUAACGUACAGGUGGAGAAAGCUCCGAAAAACUGAGGACAGAGUUCGAGGUCUUCAAGAGAGACUUCGCAAGCUUGUUGAAGCUGAACAGUUGGCAAACUCUGUUUCAGCAAAAGAGCAAUCUACGAACCCUUCUUCAGUAACAAACAAGGCACCUCCGUCUGCUGAUAAGUAGAGCAAAUAGUGGGUUAUUCUCCAAUCAAAUUAAUACUUUUCCAAUGAAUUUCCUUUUGCGGUUGUAGUCUCUCAAAUGCUUUAGAGUUUGGAUAAGUUGAGUGCAAAUGCAGUUAACCUUAGCUUAGUCAUACCUGAAGGCUGAAGAGCUUGGAAUUUGUUGUAUCUUACAUUUUUUGGCACAUUCUUCAAACACUUAGGUUUUGACAAAGUAUCUGCAUUAGAAGAAUCACUAUGCAGGGUCUUCCCUUAUUAUUUGAUCACAUUGGAUAGAGAAGUUUGUUGUGAUAGUAUAAGCCAAAUAAUGAUGGAAUUUAUUCUUUAUAGAUGAUGGUAUGGAGAACGUUUCAAUGGUCCAUUGCAGCCCUCAAAUUCUGGAAUAUGCUUCUUUUGUUGCUGGAAGUUAUUAGUUCGGCUAUUAAAUAGCUGAUAGCCGGUUUUUGAAUUUUUGAAGAUUAGCGGAAGCAAGAUUAAGGUAUGUCGUUGAUUUCAAAUCCCCUUAUCGAGGAAACUAUUGCCAACUCCUAGUAUUCUAGAAAAGCUAUUUUGUUUUGUAGGAGUCUUAUAUAUCAGGGGUUUCAAUUAUUGUCGAAACAUUAACCAGAUUGACCAUUUCGUUGAAUUUUCUACAUGUAUCAGUAUCAAGAAAAUGUUUUUUGA